ACACGACAACCGUAAUGGCGGAGACAGAUGGUGGAGGAGCUGCUGCUGCUGCUGCUGCUACUAACGGCCACCGUGAUCUCACCCUCAAUAUUGAGGAUCAAACUCAUCAUCAAACUUCCUGCCUUCCAACUAUUCCCUUUCUCCAGAAGUUGAUAGCAGAGGUGCUGGGGACAUAUUUCGUGAUAUUUGCGGGAUGUGCAGCGGUGGUGGUGAAUGCCGACAAGGAUAAGGUGGUGAGUCUGCCGGGAAUAUCCAUCGUGUGGGGGCUGGUGGUGAUGGUGAUGGUUUACUCCGUCGGACAUAUCUCCGGCGCCCAUUUCAACCCUGCUGUCACCAUUGCUUUUGCCUCUUGCAGCAGGUUCCCUUUCAAACAGGUACCGGCAUACGUUGCAGCUCAAGUCCUUGGGUCAACCCUAGCUAGCGGAACUCUACGUUUAGUGUUCAGCGGACACCAAGAUCAUUUUGCAGGGACCCUUCCCGUUGGAUCGGAUCUCCAAUCUCUGGUUUUGGAAUUUAUUAUCACCUUCUACCUUAUGUUUGUCAUUUCUGGCGUUGCCACCGAUAACCGAGCGAUUGGAGAAUUAGCUGGACUUGCGGUUGGAGCUACCGUUUUAUUAAACGUCAUGUUCGCUGGGCCGAUAUCAGGGGCAUCGAUGAACCCUGCAAGGAGUUUAGGUCCAGCCAUUGUGUCAAGCCAAUACAAAAGCAUAUGGAUUUACAUGUUGGGUCCAAUCGCUGGAGCCAUUGCUGGGGCAUGGGUCUACAACAUCAUACGGUUCACCGAUAAGCCGUUACGCGAGAUCACCAAGAGUGCAUCAUUCCUUCGAUACGCCGGUAGCCGUAAUGGAUCUAAAAGAUGAUUUCUAGUACUCUUACUUUGUGCAUACAUGUUUAUGUCUGCAUGCAUUCGAAUGUUCGGUUUAGUUUGUACAACUAUUUAUGCAUGAAAUACAACUUAUAAAUGGAAAUGCCAGUAUAAGAAAUUUUUUAUUUGAUAAAAUAGAUGGGAUAAUCAAUCUAAAUGUUGCCGAUCGGACUAUU